UCCUGUAGUGACAUUAUGGCGACAGCAUCAACAGUGUCAGAAGAUUUGCAACCUGUGAGGCGGCGCAACAGCUAUGAAUUACUGCCACCAUACUUUUCUGAGCUGAGGGUAGUUCUGCUGGGGAACAGCUGGGCUGAGAGGAGUUCAGUGGGGAACUUCAUACUGGGAGACACUGUGUUCAACACUGAGAAAGAACCACACCGGUGUCUGAGAUUCAGUGGACAGUUUAAAAGAAAGAAAAUAGUUCUUAUCAACACCCCAGAUCUGCUGCAUCCCAACAUCACCCAAUGGCAACUUUCACAAGAUGUAAAAGACUGUGUGAGGCUCUCUGAUCCUGGACCUCAUGUGUUCCUGCUGGUUCUACAGCCUGAGCACUUCACUGAGAACCACAAACUGAGACUCUGCAGAUUCCUGCAACUCUUUGGUGAUCAAUCAUUCAAUCAUUCACUGGUAUUAAUAUCACCACCAGAAGAGAGGAGUUCAGGUUUCAAUGACAAUGUUGUAAAACAUCCACCAUUAAAAUAUAUGAUCAGAAUAUGUAGAUACAGUUUUUUUAGUCAGAACCUUGACCAUUCAGAGCUGUUAACACGUUUGGGUCAAAUUGCAAAGGAGAACAAUGGAGAGCAUGUGAGCUGUGAUGUGUUUGAGGAUGCAGGUUUGAUGAUGGCACCAAAGUCUUCACACAUCAAACCAGCUUUAAACCUGGUUCUGUGUGGGAGGAGAGUAGCAGGUAAGACUUCAGCAGCCGAGGCCAUUUUAGGUCAGAGAGAGCUUCCUUCAGUCUCCAACUCCUCAGAGUGUGUUAAACAUCAGGGAGAGGUGUGUGGACAGAGGGUUUCCCUGGUGGAGCUCCCUGCUUUGUGUGGAAAACCUCAGGAGGAAGUGAUGGAGGAAUCAUCCAGGUGUAUCUCCCUCUGUGAACCUGAAGGCGUCCAUGCUUUCAUCCUGGUCCUACCUGUGGGUCCCCUCACUGAUGAAGACAAGGGAGAGAUAGAGACCCUCCAGAACACAUUCAGCUCUCGAGGCAACGACUUCACCUUGAUUCUGUCCACUGUGGAGUCAGAUCCUACAGCUCCAGCUGUUGUUAACUUUCUCAAGAAGAACAAGGACCUCCAGGAGCUCCGUCAGAGAUGUGGAGGAAGACAUGUUGUUCUCAACAUCAAGAACCAGCAGCAGAUCCCAGAGCUGUUUGGUGCUGUGCAAGAGAUGAGAGGUAAAGGAUCAAGGAGCUUUACAAUGAAGAUGUUCACCAAGGCUCAGAUGGAGAAGUUUGUAGAGCUGGAACAGAACAGAGAGUGUCUCAGGAUGGUGCUGAUUGGGAAGACUGGCAGUGGGAAGAGUGCAACUGCAAACACCAUUUUGGGCGGAAAAUAUUUUGAUUCAACUGCCAGCUCAAAGUCAGUGACCAAGUUUUGCACGAAAGCAACAGGAAAGAUUGAUGGACGUCCUGUCGCUGUGGUGGACACCCCCGGUCUGUUUGACACAACACUGUCCAAUGAUGAAGUUCAUGAAGAGCUUGUGAAAUGCAUCAGCAUGUUGUCUCCUGGACCUCAUGUGUUCUUACUGGUGCUGCCGAUCGGCCGAUUUACCCAGGAGGAAAAAGACACCGUGGAACUGAUCAAAACAUUUUUUGGCAAGAGAUCUGGAGAUUUCAUCAUUCCUAUAUUCACCAGAGGAGAUGAUCUGAAUGAUCAUCAAACAAUAGAGAGUUACAUACAAUCUGAUGACCUCUUGAAACAACUGAUAAAGGACUGUGGAGGGAGAUACCAUGUCUUCAAUAACAAAGAUCAGACCGACCGCAGGCAAGUCAGAGAGCUGAUGGAGAAGACCAACAAAAUGCUGAAGGAAAAUGGCGGCAGCUGCUUCACCUCAGAGAUGUUUCAAGAGACCGAGGCGGCCAUAAAGAAGGAAGUGGAGAAGAUCCUGAAGGAGAAGGAAGAAAAAAUACAGAGACAGAGGAAGGAGCUGCAACGAAAACACAUAGAGAAAAUGGAAGUAAUGAAGAAAAGAAAGAAACAAGAGAGAGACGAAAGUAAGAGGAGGAAAGCCAGACAGCUUGAAGAAAUGGAGGAAAUUAUCAACAAGGAACGAGAGAAGAGAAGGAGAGAUGAGAUAGAGAAUACAAGGCAGGAAGAAAUUCAACGAAUGGAAUGGGAGCAAAUACAUGGCGGAGAAAGAGAGCAGAACAAAGAAGAGAUAAAGAAGCAAAAAUCUAAAUGGAAGAAGGAGAGAAAAGCAGCGCGGAUCAGAAAACAAGAAGAAAAUGAAAAGAGACUACAAGAUGAGCAAACAAAACUUAAAAGGUUGCAAGAAGAGUACGAGCAGGAAAAAGAACAACUAGGAAAACUAAGAAGAGAAAAAGAGAUGAAGAAAAAACAAAUGGAGGAAAACUUUCAAAAAGAACUGAAAGAAAUGUAUCUGAAAUAUGAAGAGGAGGCCAGAAAAGAAGCUGAAGAAAACAAUGAUAUAUGCAAGCGCUUGCGGGAAAUAGAACAAGUGACGAAAAACCUUGAACAAGAACUGCAAAACCAAAGCAAGUGCACCAUCCUCUGAUCUUCAUACUGACUCAUGAUCAUCAUAACGUCAGCUGAUAGAGCAUCAUGUCCUCUUCAUUGAACAGCAGAUUUCUGGAUGAUAAUUCUCAACAGGGUCCAACCCAAGCCACUCAGAAAGAACUAGCACUCAUUGAGACAUUUCCACUUUGUGAGUAUCUUUUUUUUGGUUUGUUUAUAUACAUUAUGGUUUUACUGAUUGCAAACGUAACCUUACCAGCUGUAGUAGAAUGUUUUACUUUUUAUUAUCAAUAGUUGAACCAACCCUCAAGGUGCAGAUUAAACGUUGUCUGUUUUAUGGAUUUAAGGUUAAAGUAAAAUAACUUCAGUAAUGUACAGAUCAGUUGGUGUAGGUGCGUCUUUUUAACAUGGUGCGCUUUUCAGUGAGUAAAUAAAUGUAUGAAAUCAAUCCUGCUAUUGUAAAUGUUCAAUCAAUAUAUAGCCCAAUAUCACACAUUUUACAUUAGUUUAAUAAAGAAUUAAAUGCAAUAGUAAGGUUAUCAUGUUGUCAAGAAGAAUAUUACAUUCACCCAGGAUAAUUACCAGGAAAAUUCUGAUAGGAACUCUGAAUAAGGACCUGGGGCUCGAUACACUGCAACAAGUUAGAAUGGCUGCAGUGUUUUCCAGGUUGAAAGACUGAGAACAAGGCUUUCAAAGGAGUUUAGAUGUUCAUGUAGGAUUGAUAAGUAGAAUCAAAGAUGGCUGCAGCUCCACCUCCUUGGCCUGUUCCUCGAGGAAUAUGUGUAUUAAUGUGACUGGGUGGAGUGGCCUCUCAUCCGUUAUUUUUUAAAUAUAUUUACUGUUGUGUCUUACAGUAUCUGUAUUUUUACCUCUAAAUGUGUGUAUAUGUAUAUUUGUUUCCAUAUAUACACGUAUAAGUGGGUGUAAAGGAGUGUAUGUAUAUAUUUAUUUUUAUAUAUUUGUAUUCCCGAAUAGAGGAAUUGACAAUAAAGUUGACUUUGACACCGCUGACAUAUUGUUUGAGUAUCAGCCAAGUUUCAGUGAGUGAUCAUAAAUACAUGUUAUCUUUGUUGCAGCCAUUUUAUCUGUAUGUUUUAUUUGUUAAUCUGUUGUAAUAUUCUCCUGAACACUGGGUGGUGUAGGGGAGCAGGGAAGCAUAAAGGGGAGCUCACCAGGACAGGGGGGUUGAUUGAAAGUUUGAUUUGUUUUUAUAUUAUCAGAAUAGACAGUAUUGCCAUUUACUCAGUGGUUUUGAGUCGAACAUGUCGUCUCAGUAAGUGUGUUCAUGUUCAUGUUCUUGUGUUAAUCACUCACUGCCACAUUUGC